GAGACACAGAGAGAGAGAGAGGGAGGGAGAUUAUGGAAUGCUGUGAUGUCAUCAACCCAGUCACACACACACAAAGACAAGGAGGACCCACGGCGCUCUGACUCUCAGCUUAGUUAGCAUACUCUGCUGUGGAGCGGCUGUCUACAUCCCACUAUUAUCCAAAAGAUGACCUCCACCUGUCACCACAACACAGAGCGGAAACAGGAUGUUGUGUGUGUUUGAGUGAGUGUAUGUGUGUAAGAUUGUACCUCGUGUACAAAAGUGUGUUUGUGAGGAAGAACAUGCUCCUUAAUUCAUGAAGAAGACUUUCAUUAAGAGAGAUUUUUAGGACAAAGAAGCGGUGCAAGACUUCUUCUGAUGACAUGAGACUAUAAAACCAACACUUCAGAAAGCAGCUGGCCAAAGGACAGAGCCCCCUACCUCCUAAAGCUUUGUGGUACGAAGUUAACACCACCAUUCGACCGCCAACAUGCUGCAGCAGAUUUUAAAGGACAUGUUCAUCGACCCUGAUAUGCUGAACGCUCUAAAUGAGGACCAGAAGAAGACUCUGUUCCUGAAGAUGCGGCAGGAGCAGGUGCGGCGCUGGAAAGAACGGGAGGAGAAAGAAGGGGGGGACGCCGAGUGCAAGCAAAAAAAGCCAAAAAAAGCCAACAGUAAGAAUGUGAGCUGGCUGCUCGGACGGGAUGGAGACGUGGCGGUCCUUGUGAUCGGGGAGUUGGAUGAGCUGAGCUCCAAAUUCAUCUCCUCAGGAUUCGUAGAAAAGAAGUCGCCAAGUCUACAGAACAAUGCACACCAUCAAAGUAUCUUGAAGAGCAGAAAACCAACAGAACCUGUUAGAACUGAGAGAGAAAACCCCACCCCUAAAACACAACCUGGUAUUUCGCUGGAUUUAAAGGGGAAGUGUGGGGAGUCGAGCCCGCUACUCCCUCUGCCGGUGUCAGUGAGUGAGCAUCCAUCACCUCCAGCUGCAGAAAAGCCCGAGCUGGAGUCAGCCAGUGCGACCGAGGAGAAGUCGGCUCCGCAGCUCUCCAUCUGCUCCAGGCCUCCCAUGAGAGCCAGCCCUGUCAACGUGAGACCAGCUUCUGCAAAUGCUGCACCAGGCUCUGUCAGCCCGAGACUCUGCCUCGCAAAUCUGAAGCUGGCCACCGCCGCAGCGUCCCCUUCCCCCAGCAGGAGCACUGUCAAAACAGACUCUGGCACCACCAAAGGGGGGCUGCACCCACAGGAACCUCAGAAACCGAAUGAGUCACAGGGUGGGAAAGAUCUAGGUGCAUCAGAACCGUCUAAGAGGGCCCCGGUGGGGGCCGCGUCGUCGGGGGGGGCUGCAACCUGCGCAGGGCGCGGCCGGGUGGCUCAGCUGAUGAAAUCAUUCAGCACCGAAAGCACUACACCCCCCGCAAAGAGCCCCCCUCGCGGCAUCAAGCCUACUCUCCCCACCAAGCCAAGCCACUUGCGUCUAACGACCACACCUACUGUCAGGUAAUCCUCACACACUGAUGCACAGGCGACAGCUGAAUCCCACAGAUUCAAACAAAGCCACACUGGACGAUGUCGGACCCCCAACAUGGAGCCUCAGCCAGUGGGAUAAUGGGAUAGAGAACUCCAAAUAUAAAAAAAGAGAAGAAACUGGCAAUGUUUCCAUCACCCUAAAGCACAGCAAUGGAAAUGCUUGAAUGUAAUGGUUUUCUCUUAUUUUGGAUGCUGCAGUACUGUACACACUCUUUGUGGGAAAGAAAUUCCAAAGCAAUUAUUUGCAAUGUAUUUUUCCAGGGAAAUGACUAUCACAUGUAUUCACUUGACGUCGAUGCUUUCCACUUGGUGUAAAAUGUGGGAAAACAUUUUUUUUUUGUAAAAUACACAAAUCCUAUACAAUAUUGUUUACUUAUCAAUGACAUUUUUGACCACUUAUGAGUCAGUUUGAGCUCAUAUAGAGACACAGGACAAAAGAUAAGGCAUGGGCAGACAUAAUGGGGUGGAAUAUGGCACAGUAGGGUCCUCCUUCAUGUGUCUCCUCUUUGGGAAUACUGCAGGGUUGUUUAUUUGUCACAAUGCAAUGUAUGUGUCCCUGUGCCACCUGGCAGGAGCCUGGCUGCGACCUGUUGUGGACCAAUGACAGUGCCAAAUGCCUCGUCUGUCAAUCCCAGUGGAUCAUGUUAGACAGUCGCUGCCAAAUAAUCCUGCUCUGUGUUACUCUUUUGCAAUUUUUUCAGUACUAUUUUGGAGAUGUUUGGUUGUACUUUUUCCUUUUUACAUUUUCUAUAGGGAGAAAGACGUUUUGUAAUGGAAUAUUUAACAUUACUACAAUGCUCGCUUGUACAAUGAGAUCAUUUUUAUCUUUGACGUCAAGUUGUAUGGUGCAAUCAAAGAAACAAUAAAAUUGUGUAACUUGUACACCUUGAA